AUGUCGCAACUGGCAGAUUCGUCAGUUGAAAACUCCGUUAAAGCACCACCUGUAGCACCAUGGUUUGAAUUCUGGGAUUACAAUUCACUGGCUUUGCCCAAUACUUUCCUCGACACCACAACUCGUCUGAAACAAAACUUAACUCAUUUCCAAGUCAACUACUUCAACCUUGUCCUCACCUUCUUUUACCUUUACGUGAUCAUAGCCAUCCUCCCGUACUAUUACAUCCAUGCAGUGCUCUACGUUGGCAGUACCUACAUGUGCUACCACCUUUAUGGGAAUAUCUCUGGUUCCCUUGUAUUUCGCCGCAUCCUCCUUGGACUUCUCCUAAUCAUUAUUGUUUUGGCUUAUGUUAUCGCACACGCCUGGAUUAACCUGUUGUGUUUCCUGCUAAUCUCUCCAACCGUUGUUUGCUUGCACGCUGUGUUUAGAGUUCCCAAUUAUGAGCAAGAUGAUAGCGUACUUGAGUUGAUUGAUUCGCAACCCCAACCCAAGGCAACUCUUUAG